AUGCUGGCUUCCAGGGCAUCCAGCAGCCCAUCAUCCACUAAACCCCCUGUCAAGCUCUCCCCAGCCCCCGGCCGCAGCCGUCAUUGGCCCACCGUCAGCGAAUUUCCCCUGGGCGACGUUUGGUCCCUUUAUUGCUUCUUUUCUUGUUCGCUCUCUCCUUUGCCUGUCAACGACUCGAGCAAUUCUCUUGCCCGCUGCCGCUCGACGAUCAAUUACUACGAGAUCGAGGCCGAUACCGUACACGACGACGAUUUGACAGACGCCACUGCCUUCAAUCCUCCGUUUUCUCCUAGCGCUCCCGAUUUGAGUCUAGCAACAGCUGCGACGCGCAGUUGUCGCAUUCCUUCGUUCUCUUUCCCUGCGUCUGUCUUCCGCCAACACCGGCUCCGUGCACAGGCAAUUAGCGCCCAGCCUCACUCCCCAGAACGUAGCCAACAAGUCGACGACUGCUUCGGUCUCAAUCUCGACCUCGAUCUCCACCUCACUCACGUCAACGUGGGAAGGACCUCGCCAUUUCUAGCGAGCGCGGUCGUCCUGGCGGCCGUGCCGACAACCUGUUUCCAACGGAUCCCCAUUUCGCCCGACCGUCUCCCUCCAACCCCAUACCGGCCGCCUUCCGCCUAUCCCGGAACCGGCUCAUCUUCUGGUCAAGCCGCUGUUGUUGCUGCUGCUGCCGCCUCGAAUAUCCAGCGCCAGCCAGCUCGACCCUUUGACGAUUACCAAGCAACGACCUUGCAUCCUUCGCCAUUUCGACCUCAAAAGGCUGCUGGGGUUGCUAAUCGUCCUCGUCGGUUAUCAGCUGUCCGUCUCUGGAAUCCUACAAAUUCGACGCCUAGGCCUCAUACCAAGCCCGAAUCAUCGCGUAAACGUCGUCCCUCGACCCCUCCACCACCAUCAAUUCCCCUUAAGCACCCGACAUUCGAUACCCGAGUACCGGCCGACCCCAUAGGUUCUGGACCUAGUGAUUAUCCUCUUCUUACGCUUUCCGAACAGCAUCAGAUAAGGCAUUCGUUGACGCCUCGUGCAAGCCUUCAGGUUGAUAGGGCCGGCAGUAGUGAUAGGCGCAUAAGUCUACCGAAUUCUGUGCGCGCUUCUUACGACGAGAAAGGGUCUCGCAGGGGUGCAGUGUCCGCCGAAGAACCUCGCCUUAGCAGGGACCUGUUUGCUCAGGAGACCGUGGUGGAAAAUCUAAUUGUCAAGAUUGACAAGGGCAAAGGGAAGGCUGUGAUGAUGCCAGAGACCGACGAUCCUAUGCCUUCUUAUGGCAAGGAUCUGGAGCGUGGUCCUGAGAUCAUGGACCCGCGGAUUUCUAACGUCUCGGCUGGAGAUGGAAUAGGAUCCGCUCUAUCGACGACAAAUUCUUCUAUUAUGGGUGAAGAUGUCGAGCCCGAUGCAGCCGGUGAAUGGGGUCCUCAGCACCCUUGCUAUCCCCACCUCAACCCUCAUGUCCCCGUUGACUCACCUGAAUAUGUCAACACGCGCAUCAUUCGAAUACGCCGCGACUGGUUGAUCAAGGGCGAUCUUGCACCGACAUUUUCCAACCUAUACCCAGAGAUUCUGGACCCUGCUGGUCUAUCCGAGCAAGAAUUCCGCCGAAUUAUCGAGAAGCUUAACGGCGAGUUGAUUCCUGCGUUCGACCCUUACGGCUUGCGGAACAUGAUCGAUACUCUCCUCGGACUCGUCACUGGUUGGGUGUGGGAUGACGUUGGCCUCACUGGAAUCAAAUCUCGACUGAACCGUCUCGAAAAGUGGAUUGAGCAAUGGAAUCUUGAGAUGGAAAAAACCAUUGGCACUGAAGAUGGUGCUAUUCCACCCAAGAUCUUGCCUCUGCGGCAAACAGGCUACAUGACUCUCGACAUCCAGAUUCCUGAUCCAGAGAUUGCACCAGCUCCCAGCACCACGAACCCCAAUGAUUCCAGAACCGCCUUGCCUUUGGAGCCUCCAUCCGCUGUUGUUUAA